CAACAUGACAGACGACUGUUCCAAAACAACCAGUAACAUCCCUUCAUUAACCAUGGAAGUUGAUACUGCUUUUCUCAGAUCCUUGAGGGGUGUCCUUAAAUUAGCAGAGAUGGUGAGACAUUUUUCAUAUGCAUUUUUCAUACUUUGAUAAACCACCUGGUUUUGAAAAGACUUAUCAGCACAGAUAAAGCCAUAUAUCUGGUAUAAACUUGAUUUUUUUAAAAACAGCAAGAAUGUAUUGCACAGUAUUAUUACAGGAUAUUACAAUAGCUUACUCUUACAGAGAUUAUAUUGAUUUACAUUAUUUCCUAAAUAUGUUGUCUAUGAGAAAACAGAAGUAGAAGUGAAUGUCAGAGCUCUAGUUCCUGUGAGCUGUACAAACGUUAAACCCAUUAGUUGAUGAUGACGUUUAACAAGAUACUGCAUUCCCUCUAGUGGACAUUACAUUCUAAUCAAUGAAAACUACCAGCAUUGUCACAGUGUUUGGUGUGAAACAACCAUUUCAAUUUAUAGGAUUAGACUAUUCUUAAAUAUCUUUGAAUGGAAACAAUCAAUUAGCAUUUCCUAUAAUUUCCUAAUUGACAAUGCUCUCUGUUUCAGGGGACUAUGUUUGUAGCAUUUGUGUGUUUUGCUGUAGCAUCCAGGCCCAAAUACAUUGCAGCUACAUGCAUGGAGUUUGUGAUCACAUUCUCCCUGCUUCUGCUGUACACGCUGAAGUUGAACAAGAAGCUGACUCUGUUCUUUUGGCCUCUCAUUGUAAGGAACCUAUUCAAUUACAGUACAUUGUUUACAGUAGGUAUUUUACAUUGAUUAACUGCUGUGAAAAUGUCAGGCAGUCAAGCUUUCUGAGUAACUUACAUUCUUUUUCUUCUUCAGGAUUUGUUAAACUCACUGUUUGCAGCAGUCUUCAUACUUCUCCUGAGUUUGAUAGCAGUGUCCACUUACACAGUGACAGGGACCCUGGGUGGAGGGGUGAGAUAAAAACAAAUGUAUUCCUUGUUGAACUUCUAAUUGGGGGCCUUAUAGAACUGGGUUCCUGGGUGAAGCCUCCUCUUACACACCCUCCUGUCAAUAACGAACUACCCGAAGGCAGUACAAUCCUUGUGAACAUUUCCACUAACAUUCAUCUAUUCUGUAAUCCCACAUUUGGCACCCAGUACAACUAAUUAAUGAACUAUUACAAACAUGUCAGCUACAAUUCUAUCUUGUAGCCUAUAUCCAAUAUUUACACUAAGUAUUGUAUUUUUUCCCUAUCUAGAUAGUGGGUUUCAUAGCAACAGGCCUGUGGUGUGUGGAUGGUUACAUGCUUUUCAAGCGGGUCACAUUAAAUCAACCAAGAACAGCAGCAACUGGCACUGUGAAGUGAAGAGAAGACACCACAAUUGUCUUGUCCCAUGCUCACUCUCUUAUAUGUGUAGGUUUAAAGGGUCAAUCAGCAGUUGAAACAAUAACUAAACUUGGCCCUGGCCCGUUUUUUGGUAAAAAGCUGAAGGAUAUGGGGCUGGAGAAAUGUAACCCCUCUCAAAUUCAUAGACAAAGCUAUGUAUGCAAGGACUGAC